UCCGCGACCCUUCGCAGCAAGCAUUGAGAAAACGGUAGAGCCGCUCGUGCAGGCAGCAAACGCGUUGUCUGAAGCAAGGUGCCAAGUCGGAGUGGUUCACAGCCCAUUCUUCUGGUGUGUGUCGUAGGUCGUCUGGUCUGGUUUGUGUCGUCGCAGGAUAACCCGCCCGGUGGAAGGAUCCGUCGCCCGGAGUCAUCUGUCACGCGAUUCCCGAGCUCGUCGUCCUUUGCCCGUCGGUCGCUCAUUUUCACGGGACAGUUGCGCCCCGUCCAAGCUCAAGCUUUGUCACCGCUUCCUGUGCUCGCUGCGUACGUUGAAAAGAAGAAACAGGACGAAAAAUGCAGGCUCGAAGCGUUAUCCUGAACGCCAAACAGACCGUCGAUGCGUUGCGGACGCUGGUCGUGACCGCAUCGCCGAAGAAAUCGAUCACCAAAGCGGCAACGUCGGCCGCCGUGCAAGCGAUCCAGACGCGCGAUUACCAUGAGGUGACGGGCGACAUCAUCGUACCGUCGAUGGUGCAGGGCAUUGACCAUUUGCGCGAUCCGCGCCUCAACAAGGGUCUCGCAUUUACGCUGGAAGAGCGUCAAAUUCUGGGCAUCCAUGGGCUGCAGCCGGCCCGGUUUAAGUCGCAGGAGGAACAGCUGGAACUGUGCCGGAUUUCGAUCUCGCGCUACCAGGAAGAUCUUAACAAGUACCUGUACCUGGUGGAUCUGCAAGACCGUAACGAGCGGUUAUUCUUCCGCCUGAUCUCGGAGGACGUGGAGAAGAUGAUGCCGAUCGUGUACACGCCCACGGUUGGGUUGGCGUGUCAAAAGUUCGGUUUGAUCUAUCGCCGACCGCGUGGGCUGUUCGUGACGAUUAACGAUCGGGGCCAUGUGUUCGAUGUGCUGCGCAACUGGCCGGAACCGGACGUGCGUGCGAUUGUCGUUACGGACGGGGAGCGCAUCCUGGGUUUGGGUGAUUUGGGUGCUUGCGGUAUGGGCAUUCCGGUCGGUAAGUUGGCGCUGUAUACGGCGCUGGCCGGUAUUCCACCGCACCAGUGUUUGCCGAUCGUGAUCGAUGUGGGCACGAACAACAAGGAUCUGCUGGAGGAUCCGCUGUACAUUGGGCUGCGGCAUAAGCGUGUGCAGGGCAAGGAGUACGAUGAUUUCAUCGACGAGUUUAUGCAGGCGGUCGUGAAGCGGUACGGGCAGAACACGCUCAUCCAGUUCGAGGACUUUGGCAACCACAAUGCGUUCCGCUUUCUGGACAAGUACCGCAACACGUACUGCACGUUCAAUGACGACAUUCAGGGUACGGCUUCGGUGGCGGUGGCUGGACUGUUGGCCUCGAAGCGCAUUACCAACAAGCGCAUCUCGGAGAACACGUUCCUGUUUCUCGGGGCGGGUGAAGCUGCCGUCGGUAUUGCGGAUCUGGUGGUGAAGGCGAUGCAGGCGGAAGGCGUCGGCUUGCAGGAGGCUCGCGACAAGAUUUGGAUGUUCGACAUUGAUGGGCUGCUGGCGAAGGGCCGUCCGGAGGGUCGGCUCGGUGGACACAAAGCUUACUAUGCCAAAGACCACGCUGUGAUGAAGAACUUUGCCGACGUGGUGAAGGAGGUGAAGCCGUCGGUGUUGAUCGGUGCGUCGGCUGCGGGUGGUGCGUUUACGCCGGAAAUUCUGCAAGCCAUGGGCCAGUUCAAUGAGCGUCCGAUCAUUUUCGCACUGUCGAAUCCCACCUCGAAGGCGGAGUGCACGGCACAGGCGGCGUAUGAUAAUACUGAGGGUCGCUGUAUUUUUGCCUCUGGAUCUCCGUUCGCCCCGGUAAAGUAUGGCGGAAAGACAUACAUUACGGGCCAGGGCAACAAUGCGUACAUCUUCCCGGGUGUGGCAUUGGGUGUCAUCGUUACCGGCACGCAUCACAUCCCCGAGGACAUGUUCCUCAUUGCUGCACAAGUCGUCGCCGAUCACGUGUGCGAUGCGGAUCUGGAGAAGGGCUCGCUCUACCCACCGCUCAGUGCCAUUAAGGAAUGCUCGAUGGAUAUUGCGGUCGGCGUUACGAACUACGCAUAUCAGAAGGGUCUCGCCUCCACCUAUCCGGAACCCGAGGAUAAGAAGUCGUACAUCGAGUCGCACCUGUACAACUACAAUUACCAAAGCGCCAUGCCGGUUACCUGGCCGUGGCCGAAGCAGGAGGAACCGGCGAAAACGCGGGAGAUUAAGCCCACCCAGCUGCAGGCAUAAGCUGCCCCGGAACCAACCGCAUUGGGGAGUUUUAUUUCCAUCGGCAUCAGUUUCCACCAGUAUUUAUGUUGACAACGUUAUUAGGUCAUUUAUUUAUUUUAACCACCAUUGCUCUAUUUAGAGAUGCUGGGCCCGGAACAAGUCCUUUUACUUCUACCAUCAUCCUGCAGGCGUGACCUCGUUGAAAACGGGAAUUUGGAUACCCACGGCGCCGAAAAUAGAGGGCGAGAGAUAAACAGAGAGGGAGAGAGAGAGUGGAAAAUCGUAACGAUGUUCCUUUUUUAUCGUAAUAACCCUAAAGUAACCACUCCCUUUACGAUUAGCAUUAAAAAAAAGGCAGAUUAAUAUGAUGAUUGGUUGGAACAUUAUCUCACCACAGUGCUCCCGGACUCGGAAACGAGGUUAAACGAGGUCCGAUCGAUAGAUAAAAAAAAAUCUCUAAAACAAAUUUCAAAACUAGAAACAAAAUUUUGGAAUGGCCGUGACAGCGACUAGCGGAAUGUUUGUUUGAUUGCGUUCGUCUGGGCUUUGGGCUAAAGUUUAACCGACCGCGCUGCCACACACUCGAUUGUUGUCAAAGUAAAAUAAAACUAUUACAAACAAAAAGAUGAUUAAAAAAAUACUUACCGAGCUGAAGCGAGUCGGUAUUCGAGAUACUUGCAAUAAAAUGAACCGUUUUAUCAGACACGAUAAAUGCUCUGGAAGGAGAA